AACACUUUGUUUUUAAAUAUAACAGUUAUAGUGUUUAGUAUAGAAAAAGUAAAACAACGUUUUAAAUUACAUAGCUUAUGUCUGGAUAAAAUAAUAAACUAUAUUAAUAACCAAAUGUUAAAGUAUUAAAUAUGCUUGUUUUUUAUACUUAUUUAUGCAAGUGUGGUGUAAUUGACGUUUUUUAAUGGGAGAGCAUAGUUGACAUAUAAAUAGUGGAGCGGAGGGAGUUGCUAUGGAAACUGAGCAGUAACAGUCUUAGCACUAUUUGUGAAGCUGUAACGCUGGCUAGUGAGAGAUGUUUGGCAUGAUGACGUCUAAAGUCCCUGCCAAAAGGAUGUAGUCCCUUUUAGCAACUUGUUAGCAUGCACAGUUUUUAAGACACAAUAAGGUAAAUAAAAAAAAUCACAAGCAGGUUAUAACUAGUGUGUUUUAUGUCAUAGAUCAAAACGUGAAAAAUAUUUAUAGGCUUUGUUAACUACAAACCUUAUUUCAGGCAAUUUAGCAAGAACCUAUUCAAAAACUCUUUAGGGCAAGGGAACCGGAAGUGCUAAAAUUCUAACUUUUUUUUUAAUGCUUUAUUUAGUGACGAUUCACAUACAAAUGAACAAUAAAACCAAAAUAUAAAUAAUGUAUAUUCAACCUGACGCUAAAAUUCUAACUCAUUUCGCGUUUUGGCGUACAAAGUGACGACAUAACUUCAGCACUCUAUUGACAUUCAAAUAGUGGAGCGGAGGGAGUUGCUAUGGAAACUGAGUGGUAACAGUCGUAGGCCUAUUUGCGUUGCUGCUGUUUUCAGUUCUUUCAGAUGCAUGUCUAAGUGUUGUAAGACAUGUUAUGUCAAUGUAGGAUUUUUUUUAUUUUUUUUUGAGAAUGGAUGAGACAUGCAGGGUGAUCAGAACCUGAAGUUUGGGUAAAUGACAGUCCGCUGAUGGAGAUGUGCUGUCACAGAACAUGAAGAAAAUAUUCAACUUCAAGAAGAAGAAGGGCUUCCCUAGCUCCUCCGAGACGGGGAGUGUGUUGUCGGCCAGCUAUGAUGUGAAGGAGAAAGACCUCAGGAAGGUCCACAAGGCUGCGCUCAGCGGAGAUGUGGUUAAGGUCAGACAACUGGCCAAAAACAAUGAUUUAAACAAGUUGGAUAAGGAAAAGAGGACAUUUACAGAACCCGUCUCAGCUGGGAAGCCCUCUACACCCAUCCACCUGUCUCAGCUUCUUCAGUCUGUUGCCAUCAGGGAGGACUCAACUAAACCACUGGAGUAAACGCUUAGUGAGAGCAGUUGAGAAGAUCAUUGGUGUCUCGCUCCCAUCCCUUCAGGACAUUUACAGAACCCAUGUCACCUGUAAAGGCCUCUGUUUCGUAGGUGAUCCCACACACCCGUCAUACAGCUUCUUCAGUCUGCUGCCAUCAGGGAGGAGACUGUGGAGUCUCCAGGCCAGGACCAGCAGACUGAAGGACAGCUUCAUCCAUCAGGCUGUCAGGAAGCUGAACUCUUUGCGGACUUUGUUGCUAUUAUUACUUUGUUUCUAGUUGAUGGUUUUUCUAAGUUAAUCUUAGUUAUGUUUGAUUGAUUAUAGGUAAUUUUAACUUAUGAGCUUGAAAGCAUGCUUUUUAUUAGUAGUAUUAUGUAGAAUAAUGUAGUAUUAGUAGUAUUAUGCAAUAUUAGUAGUAUUAUGAAAGUUGCUUAGUUAUACAAUAGUUAACCAUAGGUUUAACAAAAUGAAAACUUGCCAGAUUGAACCUUGUUAGAUUUUAAUCUGAUAGAUAUAGUGUGUAAUGCGGCCCUAGUAAUCACCAUCAGACUUUGUCCUUCAGGGCUCAGCAAUAUAGAUUUGGCCAUUAGUUGUAUUAGUUUUUUACAUUCCCUGCUAACAUUUUUAUUUUCACAACUACAAAAGAAUGAUCUAUAUCAUAUUUUAAGCAAAUGCUUUUUUAUAUUUGUUAUAUAUAUUGGUAUUUUUCAUGAAAUUUAACUUAAUGUUCAUUAAAAAGAAUAUGUUCCUAUUGCUCAGUGGUAUAGUAUUGUGUCAGCAGUUCAAUAAGGUUGUGUUCGAUUUCCUGGGAACAUAUAUAGUGGAAAAAAAAUGUUUAAAGCUUGAAUGCACUGUAAGUCGCUUU